AGCAUGUCCUGAUGUGAUGCACCAGGGCUGGCUCUGGGCUGCCGGGCUCCAGCCGCGUGUCCGGGCCUUGCACACGCGUGUGCAAGCGUGUGCGUGGGGGGGUGCAUGUGGGGGUGCAUGGGGGGGGCCAUGGGGCAGCCCCGGCAUGACCGGCUCCUGCUGAGAUUGGCCUUCCUCCUCCUCUCACAAGGGCUGCUGGCACAGGGCCUCGACUACAACCAGCCCCCCGAGAACUACACCGUGUGCCAGGGUGACAAUGCCACACUGAGCUGUGCCAUCGACACGGAGGUGACCCGUGUGGCCUGGCUGAACCGCUCCAACAUCCUCUUCGCUGGGCGCGACAAAUGGUCACUGGACCCACGCGUGCAGCUCCUGGCACACAGUGCUGCUGAGUUUGCCAUUGCCAUCGCCCGUGUGGACGCCUAUGACGAGGGGCUCUACACCUGCUCCUUCCAGACCCGCCUGCGCCCCCACACUGCCCAGCUCUACCUCAUUGUGCAGGUCCCUGCCCGGAUAACGAACAUCUCGUCCUCGGUGACGGUGAACGAGAGCAGCAACGUCAACCUGCUCUGCCUGGCGGCUGGCAAACCUGAGCCCAGUGUCACCUGGCAGCAGCUGAAAGACGGCUUCACCAGCGAGGGCGAAUACCUGGAGAUCACAGGGAUCACGCGAGAGCAGGCCGGCGAGUACAAGUGCAUCACAGACAACGGCAUUGCCUCCCCUGACAGCCGCACUGUGCUGGUCACUGUCAACUACCCACCGGUCAUCUCAGAGACGAAGAACUUAAAUCCCCCCCUGGGUAAAUCAGCCAUCCUGCGCUGUGAGGCCAUGGCCGUGCCCCCCGCCAACUUCGAGUGGUUCAAGGAUGACAAGCUGCUGACUGGGCGCCUGGAGGGACUGGAGAUCCGCAAUGAGCGCACACGCUCCAUGCUGCACUUUGCCAACGUCAGCGCCUGGCACUACGGCAACUACACCUGCCUGGCCUCCAACAAGCUGGGCACCUCCAGCAUCAGCCUGCGGCUCAUCCGCCCUGAUGCCCUGGAGAGUGCGGCUGGGCUGGGCCUGGGGUCUCCCGUUGUCUUGGGGCUGCUGGCGUCGGCCUUUGUGACCCUGCUGCUGAGGCUCUAGGGGUGGCAGCGGCGCCGGGGACUCCCCAUCCAAGGGCUUUAGGCGCGCGAGCGAGGGGAAGAGGAGCCGGGACCUGCUCCCGCGGCGCUGGAGUGAGAGAGAGAGAAAACGAGGGGAAAAAAAAGAAAAAGAAAAAAAAAAAAGCAAGAAAAAAUACAAAAAAAACCACCCAACACUGUGAAGGAACCAAAACCCCGUGAAUUCACCCUGAACCCGAGCCAUCCGCAUCACCUGUCCCGCUGCCGGAGAGACUGCGCUGGAGCGCCCUGAAAGGGUUAAGGACCACCAGCCUUGCCCUGUGGAGCCCCGCCCACUGCUGGCAAGCCCUGUCCAUGCCCCUGGGAGGGGGUUGAGAGGGUGCCUGGUAAGCCCCGCCAACUGGGGGGAGCCAUGCCCCCCUCCUGGCUUUGGAAGAGCAGGGAGUGAAAGGGUUAAGGUCUGGGGGUGAGGCUCCCCCCCCCCUCCUGGUUGAAGCCCUGCCCUCCCAGCCUAGAUCCGCCCCCCCCGCCCUAGGAACGAAAGGGUUAAGAGCUGUGGGUGAGGCUCCACCCCUGUCCUGCCUGAAGCCUGCCCUCCCAGCCUGGCCCCGCCCCCAUCUGCCUGCUUUGGGAGCUAUUGGUUUAAGAGCUCCAACCCCAUUUCGCUGAAGUCCCACCCCCCUCUGCCUGUUUUGGACAUGGAAGGGUUACGGGAAGCAAGCCCUGCCCCCACUUCUUCCCAGAGCCCUGCCUCUCCUAGCUGGCAAGCUCCGCCCCCCUUAGGCCAUCAGUGGGCUUGAAAAGGCCAGCCCCACCCCUGUAGCCCCACCCCCACCCUCGUAAGCCCCACCCCCAAGCAGGGUGGAUUAUGUGGCCUCCCAUCGGUGUGUGUGGGGGAGUAAUCUGAAUGGAACAGGGGUUAAUAAAAGCAAGCCCCGCCCCCUCCCAUAGGGUUCGUUGGCUUUCUAGGGGAUUCAGGAGCCACAAGCUUCCCCCACUGGCUGAAUUUUGGGAGAUGGGAAUUUCCGCUCGUGGGAGAGGCCGCGAAUUUCCUUCCCAGGCUAAAUUUUGCUGGUUAAAAAUCCUCUGGUUGUGGAGGGAGAUGAAGCUGGGGGUGGGACCUGGGAGGACUGAGGACCCCCCCUCAUUGGCUGGAGGGAUCUUGGAGGGGUUGAAAACAGCAUUUUUUUUCCUUGCUCCAUGUUUGAAAAUGGCAUCGGUUUUCCCCAUUUAAGCUAUAAAUUCCCCUCAUUGCCUGGAUCUUGGAGCCGAACGUGUCCUAGCUGGAGAGAUCUUGGAGGGGUUGAAAACAGCAAUUUUUUUCCGGGAGCUGGGGUUGAGAAUUGCAUUGAUUGAUCCCACUUUGCAGCUGAUGAUCCCCCUCAUUGGCCAAAAUGGCAUUAUUCCCCCAUGAUCUAGGAUUGAAAAUGGCAUUGAUUUUACCCAGUUUUGGGGCACCCCCAUUGGCUGGAUCCUGGAGCUAAACAUGUUGCAGGGCAGGGACUCCUUGGAGGAGUUGAAAAUGGCGUCUUGUUGCGUGCUCUGUGUUUGAAAAUGGCAUUGCUUUUUCCCCCCAUUUGAGCCAGGAGUUCCCCACAUUGGUUGAAAACUGGACUGAAAAUCCUCUCCAAAGUUGAUGUUUUGUCAGCGGUUGAAAAUAACGUUUCUUCCAUGUCUGAGGGCGGAGACCCCCCCUCACUGGCCGGAUCUCAGAGCCGAACGUGUCAUGGGUUGGAGAUGCCUUGGAGGGGCUGAAAAUGGCAUCUCUUUCUUUGCUCCAGAUUUGAAAAUGGCAUCAGUUUUUCCCAUGAAAUUUUGAACCAUGAAUUCCCCUCAUUGGCUGAAAAUUAGACUGAAAAUCCCCUCCAAUUGUGAGCUAGUGCAGGCGGAGUUGAAAAUAGCAUUGGUUUUUCCAUUUUCUCAGAGCCAAACAUGUUAUGGGUUGGAGAGAUCUUGGAGGGACUGAAAAUGGCAUCUUUUCCCCAUGAUCUGGGGCUGAAAAUGGCAGUGGUUUUGCCCAGUUUGGGGUCUUCAGAUCCCCCUUACUGGUUGGAUCUUGGAGUUGAAUGUCUCACAGUUUCAAGAGAUCUUGGAGAGGUUGAAAAUGGCAUCUUUUUCCUUGCUCCAUUUUUGAAAAGGGUAUUGUUUUCUCCCCAUUUCAGUCAGAAUUUCCCGUCAUUAGCUGAAAAUUGGGCUGAAAAAUCCCCUUCAAUAGGAUGCUGUUUUCAUAGGGGGUUGAAAAUGGCACCGGUUUUACUGGUUUUGGGGCUGAGAACCCCCCCUCAUUGGCCAGAUCUCAGAGCCAAAUGUGCCGCUAAUUGGAGAGAUCUUAAAGGGGUUGAAAACAGCAUUUUUUUCUGUGAUCUGGGGUUGAAAAUUGCAUUGGUUGAUCACACUUUGCGAAUCAAAAUCACCCUUGUGGGCUGGAUCAUGGUGCCAAGCAUGUUGUGUGUCAGAGAGAUCUUGGAGGGGUUAAAAAUGGUGUAAUUUUCAUUGCUCUGGGUUGAAAAAUGGCAUUGGUUUCCCCCCAUUUGAGCCAAAAAUUCCCUUCGUUGGCUGAAAAUUGGAUUGAAAAUCCCCUCCAACCGUGACAUUUUGUAGGGGGUUGAAAAUGGCACUGGUUUUUCUGUUUUGAGACUGAGGACCCCCCUCAUUGGCCGGAUCUCAGAGCCAAACCUGUUGCGGGUCAGAGAAAUCUUGGAGGAGUUGAAAAUCGCAUUUUUUCCCAUGAUGUGGGGUUGAAAAUGGCAUUGGUUGAUCCUCCUUUGCACUUGAAAAUCCCACUCAUUGGCUGGAUCCUGGAGCUGAAUGUGUCACAGGUCAGAGAGAUUUUUAGAGGGUUGAAAAUACCACUGGUUUCCCAUGAUUUGAGCAGUGAAUCCCCCCAUUGGCUAAAAAUUGGACUGAAAAACCCUCUUCAAUGGUGACAUUUUCUUGGUGGUUGAAAAUAGCACUGGUUUUACCCCAUUUUGGGGCUGAGGACCCCCCUCUUUGGCUGGAUCUUGGAGCUGAAUUUGUUGCAGGUUGGAGAGAUCUUGAAAGGGUUGAAGAUAGCAUUUUUUCCCAUGAUCUGGGGUUGAAAAUUGCAUUGGUUGAUCCCACUUUGCACCUGAAAAUCCCUCUCAUGGGCUGGAGCUUGGAGCUAAAUGUGUCAUGGGUUGGAGAGAUCUUGGAGGGGCUGAAAACAGUGUCUUUUUCCCGUGAUCUGGGGUUAAAAAUGGCACUGGUUUUAGCCAGUGUUGAGGUUGCAAAUCUGUCAUUGGCUGAAUCUCAGAGCCAAAUACGUCACAGGUCAGAGACAUCUUGGAGGGUUUGAAAAUGGCACCUUUUUCCUUGCUUCAUGUUUGAAAAUGGCAUUUUUCAAAAUUCCCCUCAAUGGCUGAAAA